UCGUCGUCUUCCUUCCUCCAUUCCUCGGCAGUGGGGCUGCCCGGGCAGAAUGGCUACCUUGUGCCUAAAAAAACUACUGGAUCAGGCCAGGUGGAAGGAAGCAAACUACCUCAUUAGGUAUUUUGCCAGUUCCUUGGUGCAGCCACCGAAAAGGACAACAUUGCCUCCAACUUGGAUAUCAAGAGAGCAUGCUAUAAAGGGACUUCUCCUUGUUCCCACACAAGCUUUUGCUACAGAUGAAGGGGCUGAGGAGGAACCAACAAGAAAGAAAAAAAACCCCAAUGCCAAAAAAACGGUUGAAAGCAUCGGGAGGAAAAUUCCAUAUCGGAUUAUUCAACUGAUUGAUGACAAUGGUAACAAUGCGGGGACAAUGCACAGAUCUGAUGUGCUUCGAAUCCUGGACGAGAGCGGGUUGAAGCUUGUUUUGCAGAACGAGAAGGCAGACCCUCCGGUGUACAGACUAAUGUCGGGCCAGCAGAUUCAUGAAGAACGCCUGAAACUUAGAGAAAAGCAGAAAGCUAGCUCCAAAAGUGGGCCAGUUCAACAGAAGGAGAUGAAGUUUUCCACAAUGAUUGCGCAGCACGAUUUAGAUACAAAGAUAAAACAAAUUCAGCAAUGGAUUGACAAAAAACAUCACAUCAGGAUUACACUGAGGCAAAGGAACGUGGCUGACGGACCAGAAAAGAUGAUGGCGUUAUUUGAUCAGAUUUUGGAUACGAUGCCCGAGAAAGCUACGUACCUCUCCCAGCCUCGCAUCGUUAAAGAAGGAAGCAGCACGUGUGUGUUGAGGCACAUGUCAGAGAAAGAAAUCCGGGAAUACAAGGCGAAGGAGAAAAACAAAGACCUUCCUAAGGACAAUGGGAAGGACGCGAUUGACGCGGAUGCUCUCCAGCACUGA